AUGAAUCAUACGCGUGGUCUUAUAUCCACCGCGCAGGCUUUGCGCCAAACCUUCUUUACACCUCUCCAGAGCUCCAGAGUCAGCUUCCUACAGCCAUUUGUCCUUCAGAAUGGUUUACAAAUCAGAAACUUCCAACACUCCCGCUGCCUCGCCCUCAAUAAACCUCGAGCCCCUGUUAAGGGGCCCAUCAAAGACGAAGAGAUUCGCUCUCAGCUGGUGCAGGUAGUCAAUUCUGAGGGAGAUCUCGAUCCACCCGAGCAUCUUGCCGAUGUUCUUGAAUCAUUCGACCGCAAAAAAUACUUUCUGAUCCAAGUGUCUCCGGGUGCUUUCAAGAAGCCACCGGUAUGCAAAGUUAUGAACAAAUUGGAGUAUCGCAAUGCCGAGAAAGCGAAGGAAAAGGCAGCCAAGGCAGCCGUAAAAGCCGUCAAGCAAAUUGAACUGAACUGGGCCAUCGAUGCUCACGAUCUUGAACACCGCUUGAAGCAGUUGGCUGCAUUUUUGGAGAAAGGUCGAAAGGUCGAGGUCAUCUUGACUCGGAAGAAGCACAAGCGACCCCCAACGGUCGAUGAGAUCAAGCAUGUCAUGCAGACUGUGCUGGACACCACACGAGAGGCAGGAGGCACACAAGUCAAACCAAUGGAGGGAGAACCAGGCAAGCGCGUUCUGCUCACUGUGAAGAAGGGUGACAAUUGA